AUGUUUGCAAAUGUGAAAGUGAUGAUCUCAUUUCAUGAAGAAUUUAUCACGAAAGUUGAUAGGGGCUAUGAAAUUAGCUGUUUCUAUAUGGAAGCAGAUAAAACGGUAACAUAUCCAUUGACAGUAUCAAUGAAAUCGUUGGAACCGUUCACAGAACUGGCAGAAAUGCCACGAUGUCAUUACGAAGUAGUGGAUCCGAUUUCCAUGGAACCAUUGUCGGUAGUUUCUGUUGGCAGCAAAUUGCUUCAUAAAUGGAAAUGUGAUUCCACUUCUACGAACCUAUGGUGUAUGACAGUUCAUUCAUGCUUUGUUGAAGAUGGAUCUGGUACGCAAUUUGUUAUUCUCAAUGAGGAUGGAUGCGCAAUCGAUCGAUACCUGUUGGAUAAUCUAGAAUAUGGCCCGAAUGAAUUAGAAGCGCAAAAAGAAGCACAUGCUUUCAAAUUUGCAGAUAAAGUGGUAGUGAACUUUCAGUGCUCAGUCAGAUUGGAUAUUCGGGAUGGCGAGUGUCCAAAGCCACGAUGUCGAGACUUGAGCAAUCAAAAAAAAGCAGUAAGACGACGAGCAUUGCCGGAUCUGCCGCUAGCCUUGAACUUAACUGACCGUAUGGCUGAAGUAGACGUCCGUUCCCAACAGCUCGACGUACUGGACACUCAGCUAGAUUUCGGCGUUUCACCCAGUAACCCUCGAAUAGCCGCACAGAUUCGUCGACUGCAAAGGCCGCAAGGUGACUGUAUCAGUAUGACAUCAGCAGUCUUAGGUGUUUCAUUUUGCGCAUCGGUGAUGCUUGUGUUAGUGGUUCAUAUCGUAUAUCUUUACAGAAGGAUACAACUUAAACGAUAG